AUUUGCUGGGAAUAUAAAGUGUUCCAAGUGCCCUCCACACAGUUUAACCUAUGUAGAAGCAACUUCUGUCUGUCAGUGUGAAAAAGGUUACUUCAGAGCUGAGAAAGAUCCACCAACUAUGGCAUGUACCAGGCCACCUUCUGCUCCACGGAAUGUGAUUUUUAAUAUUAAUGAAACAGCUCUUAUGUUGGAAUGGAGCCCACCUAGUGACACGGGGGGGAGAAAAGAUCUCACCUACAGUGUCAGCUGCAAGAAAUGUGGAUCAGACACCAGCCAAUGUGAGAUAUGCGGUGGAGGUAUCCGUUUCAUCCCGAGACAUACAGGCCUGAUUAACUCAUCUGUGACUGUGCUUGAUUUUGUGUCUCAUGUGAACUACACCUUUGAAAUAGAAGCCAUGAAUGGAGUCUCUGAGCUGAGUUUCUCCCCCAAGCCAUUCACAGCUAUCACAGUUACCACAGAUCAAGAUGCACCCUCCUUGAUAGGUAUGGUAAGGAAGGACUGGGCUUCCCAAAACAGCAUUGCCCUCUCAUGGCAAGAGCCUGAUUUUCCCAAUGGAGCCAUUCUGGACUACGAGAUCAAGUACUAUGAGAAAGCCUACCCACGGAUAGCGCCGGCAUUUUGGCACUACCUGCGGGUAGAAGAGCAUGAGCAGCUCAGCUAUUCCUCCACAAGGUCCAAGGCUCCAAGUGUUAUCAUCACAGGUCUCAAGCCAGCCACCAAAUAUAUAUUUCAUAUCAGAGUCAGGACUGCAGCAGGAUACAGCGGCUAUAGCCAGAAGUUUGAAUUUGAAACUGGAGAUGAAACUUCUGAUAUAGCUGCGGAGCAGGGGCAGAUUCUUGUAAUUGCCACUGCUGCUGUUGGUGGAUUCACUCUCCUGGUUAUCCUCACUCUGUUCUUCCUAAUCACUGGGAGAUGCCAGUGGUACAUAAAGGCCAAAAUGAAGUCUGAAGAAAAAAGAAGGGCUCAUUUGCAAAAUGGACAUUUGCGCUUCCCAGGAAUAAAAACGUAUAUUGAUCCAGACACAUAUGAAGACCCAGCUCUUGCUGUCCAUGAGUUUGCAAAGGAGAUAGAUCCUUCAAGAAUUCGUAUUGAGAGAGUUAUAGGGGCAGGUGAAUUUGGAGAAGUAUGCAGUGGACGUCUGAAGACCCCAGGAAAACGGGAGAUUCCUGUUGCCAUUAAAACUUUGAAAGGUGGCUAUGUGGACAGACAGAGAAGAGAUUUCCUGAGAGAGGCUAGUAUCAUGGGACAGUUUGACCAUCCAAAUAUUAUUCGCCUCGAAGGAGUUGUUACAAAAAGAGCCUUCCCGACCAUUGGGGUGAAGUCUCUUUCGAGAUUCCUGAGCGCGGGCUUUUUAAAUAGCAUCCACGCCCCACAUCCAGUCUCACGGGGUGGAUCUUUGCCCCCUGGCAUUUCCUCUGGCAGACCAGUAAUGAUUGUGGUUGAAUAUAUGGAGAAUGGAUCCCUUGACUCCUUUCUGCGGAAGCAUGAUGGACACUUCACAGUCAUCCAGCUGGUUGGCAUGCUUCGUGGAAUCGCAUCUGGCAUGAAGUAUCUCUCAGAUAUGGGCUAUGUACAUCGUGAUCUGGCAGCCCGUAAUAUUUUAGUCAACAGUAACCUCAUGUGUAAAGUCUCUGAUUUUGGUCUGUCACGAGUGUUAGAGGAUGACCCUGAAGCUGCUUACACCACAAGUGGUGGAAAAAUCCCCAUAAGAUGGACCGCCCCUGAAGCUAUAGCCUACAGAAAGUUCUCUUCAGCAAGUGAUGCAUGGAGCUAUGGGAUUGUCAUGUGGGAAGUGAUGUCCUAUGGAGAAAGGCCAUAUUGGGAGAUGUCUAAUCAGGAUGUUAUACUGUCUAUAGAAGAAGGUUACAGGCUUCCAGCUCCUAUGGGCUGCCCAGCUUCUCUCCACCAACUUAUGCUUCACUGCUGGCAAAAAGAGAGAAACCACCGGCCGAAGUUUACUGAUAUUGUCAGCUUCCUAGACAAAUUGAUCCGCAACCCCAGCUCCCUUCAUACCCUAGUGGAGGAUGUACUUGUAAUGCCAGAUUCACCUGGUGAAGUUCCCGAAUAUCCUUUGUUUGUUUCAGUCAUUGAUUGGCUAGAUUCAAUAAAAAUGGGUCAGUAUAAAAAUAACUUCAUGGCAGCGGGUUUCACAACUUUGGAUGUGGUUUCAAGAAUGAGUAUUGAUGACAUUAGGAGAAUUGGAGUUGUACUCAUUGGACACCAGAGACGAAUAGUGAGCAGUUUACAGACUUUGCGAUUGCACAUGAUGCACAUACAGGAGAAAGGAUUUCAUGUAUGAAAGUACUAGAAGCAACUUUGUUUUGUGCCUCAGCAUUUCUAAAAUGGAAGAUAUUCUCAUUCCUCCCUUAUGUUCCUCCCAACUUCAAGAACUGCAGUCUCCUGUUCAGACUAUAAACACGUACUUUUAUGUUAAUGCUUCCAAUGUGGAAUUUUUAAUCACACUGCAUAGUUCCUCCGUCAGUUACCUGCCAAUACAAUCCUGGCGCACUGCAAGACUGUUGCUACACACUGGUGAAUAACUCAGCAUGGAUGUGUAACUUUGUAUAACAGUAUUUGGGAAACUUUCAUGGACUUCUUUGAAAGUAAUAGCCUAUUUGGCCUGGUGUGGCUUCC